AUGGUGGAUGAGGCAGAUUCAUCAGGUUUGGACCCUCUCCUUUGUGGGAUGAGAAGAUUUCUUAUCGAGAGUUCGCAGCAAGAAGAAUUGUUAUCUUCGGAUCGUAGAGUGAUUCCCCCAGAUUCAGAAUUUAAAGAGCGAAUUUUGGCAGAAGCUCAUGCGGCUCCUUAUUCAAUUCAUCCUGGAUAUCUAAGAGAUGAACAGAAGCACAAAUUGGCCGCUGAAGCCAUGAUCGACCUUUUAGAACGUAUUUCAGCAUUUGAAUUAGAUGAUGAAAUGGACCCCAACAUGAUCAUUGGGCCUGAGAUGGCGGGGGAUCAAAAGCGGAAAUGCCCAACCGAUGGGAGUACUAGCGAAUUGGGAUAUCCAAGAGAUAAACUGAAGCGCAAAUUGACCGCUAAAGUCAAAAACAAACUUUUAGAACGUAUUUCAGCAUAUGAAUUAGAUCAAGAUGGUGAAAUGGUUUCAAUGGCAAGGGAGGCACCCAUACUGAUUGCAACAAAGCAUGGUAUUACUGAAAUGGUUGAGAAGAUCCUCGAAAUUUCUCCUGAGGCUGUGUAUGAGGUGGAUUCUAAUAUGAAGAAUAUAGUGUUAUUGUCUGUGGAGCAUAAGCAACCUCACAUAUAUGAGCUCUUACUCGACAAGAAGAGGAAGAAUAUUAUUCAUGACAGUGUGUUUUGGGAAGUGGACAAAGAUGGGAAUACUGCACUGCAUUUGGCUGCGACGGUGGCAAAUUCUAAUCCUUGGCCAGUUAGUGGACCAGCAUUCCAAAUGAAUUGGGAAAUCAAAUGGUUUGAGCUUGUACAAAAAUCCAUGCCAGAAAGUUACCCUUUUCUUUGCAAUAAGGCGGGAAAAACGCCAAGGGAGGUCUUCACCAAAUCACAUAAGGAGCUUGUCAAAGAAGGCAGACAGUGGCUGAUUAACAUUUCCGCACUGGCUUGCCCGGUUGCAACGGGUGUCUUUGUCGCCGUUGCUUUCUCCUCCUCACCCAAACUGGAUUUCCAAAUAAACGAAACUAACUCGCAAAAACAAAUUAAACUUCUUCAAUAUAGUGGUCUGUCCAUCGCGAACUCAGUCUCCUUCUGCCUUUCAACGAUAUCAGUUCUUUGUUUCCUUCGAAUCAUUUCCUCGCCUUACGAUGAAAGGAGUUUUGAUGGGGGAAUUAACACAGUGAUGAUGGCGUUUCUUUUCGGGCUAGCUUCCAUUUAUCUAUCUGUGAGUCUUACCGUGGAAGCUUUCAUUUAUGGACAUUUUUUACUCUCCGAUCCAGAGACUGCAUCCAGUUUACAUACAUUUUUCAAAAUACUGAUGCCGCUGUUUACUACAGUACUAAUAAUUCCAAUCCUGAUGUACAUUAGCCUGCUACGGCCAUACAUCAGGAUGCCACAUCGUAAUUCGGCUUUGCACCUCGGUUCGUUCAGAAGAGAGAUUGCGGGCUGGUUUAGGGGCAGGAUUGCUUGGAGCAGAUGGACCAAGUAGUGGGCCUAGCCCAUGGACGUAAUUGGUUAAUGUUGAGUUCAGUACUUUUAGUUAGUUUCAUUUACUUUCCUUUGGACUCUCCGUUUGGCCCAUGGGCCUAAACUAGUUGUAGUAGCCAUUUACUUUUCUAUCCCUUUGGUUUGUUAGCCAUGAACAUUUUCUUGUUAUUAUGUACGUCCCUGGAGCAUGUUACCUAUACAGUAGUGUGGACCAUUCUGUAGAAAGGUAUCUGAAAAAUUAAAGAAACUCUUUGUUAUUUCUUCUU